UACACGCAGUAUCCAAAUCCACCAUCCCUCCAGGAUUAUUGUUCUUCGUAAAGGAAAUAACGAGGCCAUGUCUUUCGAUAAUUCUGUAGUUGAUUCGUCAUUGACUGAAUGGAAGCCUGAUAUAGAGAAUAAGAACAAUCAAGAAAGCCCAAAUGACAAAGUAGACAAGGAUGCCUAUGUUUCUGGGGCAGAAGAUCAAGACCAUUCUUGCGAACAGGUGGGAACCUCAAAUGCAAAUAAAAGAAGUAAAUCAAGUGAUACAAGAUAUUUCAUCAUAAAGAGUUUAAACCAUGAAAAUAUCCAACUAUCAAUUGAGAGAGGAAUUUGGGCUACCCAAGUGAUGAAUGAACCUAUCUUGGAAGAAGCAUAUCAUAAUUCCGGUAAGGUGAUAUUAAUAUUUAGUGUCAAUAUGAGCGGCUUCUUCCAAGGGUAUGCCCAAAUGAUGUCAUCUGUUGGCUGGAGAAGAGACAACGUUUGGAGCCAUGGACAUGGAGGAAGCAAACCCUGGGGUCGCAGUUUUAAGGUGAAAUGGCUGCGGCUACAUGACUUGCCAUUCCAGAAGACUCUUCAUCUAAAGAACCCUUUAAAUCAAUAUAAACCUGUUAAAAUCAGUAGAGAUUGCCAGGAGUUAACCCAAGAUAUUGGAGAAGCUCUUUGCGAGCUGAUUGAUGGGGAAAAUGGCAUGGAUGAAAACCAGACCAGUUACAAUUUUAACAUGGAUAUUCUGCCACCGAAAAGGCCUUGUAUAGAGACUUUUUGUGGUUUACAAGAUGAGGAAUGUGAUGUGGACCCUAUGCAUAUAGCACUAGCCAGUGCACCUUUGAUCUAUCCUUCAAUGUUCUACCCACAUAAAUCAGAAGCAAGUAUAUUUCAUCUAGCACAGCAAAGACAGGCUGCGGCAUUUCAUAACACAUCUAACACAUCAGAAAGCUCUUUUCUUAAAAGAAGUGCUGCUAGUGUGGACAUGGGUGGUGAUAGUUCUUUGUUAUAUGACGGUUGGGAUUUGUCUGCGGAAAGAAGCCGACAGGCUAAUGCUCUUACUGAUGACGAUAUUCUCAAAAUGACAUAUGAAGAGUACCUGGAAGCCCAUGGCAGAGGCAGCCGAAUUUCACAUCAACCGGUGAACGAGCCUUUCCAAAGAAGUCGAGAGUCAUCAAUCAGCAAAGAACACGAUGAUGACCCUUAUUCGAGCUCUCACUUAAAGAAGAGGAGUCGCCAUCAUCAUCGUCGUCACCGUUCCCCCAAAUGAAAGAAUAGGAUGAAUUUAGUUAGGGUUUUUUUUUGGUCAGUCGCUGGAAGUUGUGUGUCAAAUGGAAGAUAAUACCAAAAAGAAAAUCUUUAUGAUGUUGUACUGUUGGUUGCUAUAUUUUUGCAUCUUGUGAUAAUAUUUGUAAACUGAAUUUGUGAAUCAACAUGUAAAUAAAUGCUGACCCUCCAGGCUUUUACUUGUGUA